GUGAGGCGGUACCGGCGGGUCGGUCGCGGCCCGGUUGGUGCCGCCGCCGCCAUGUUGUGCUACGGUGACGGCCCGCUGAGCUCCCUCACGGCGCUGCUGGUGGCGGUGCUGGCGCUCAGCCGCAGCCCGGCGCUGGCCUGCCUGCUGACGGCCGGCCUCUACCUGGCGCUGCACCUCUUCAGCCUGGAGCCCGCCCCGCCUCAGAGCGCCCAGCGCGUCCUGCGGCCCCGCGGCGCCGUCGCCCGCAUCGCCCACCGCGGCGGCGCGCACGACGCGCCCGAGAACACGCUGGCGGCCAUCCGACAGGCAGCUGAAAAUGGAGCAACGGGGGUUGAGCUGGAUCUUGAAUUUACUGCAGAUGGUGUUCCCAUUCUAAUGCAUGAUGAAACAGUAGAAAGGACAACGGAUGGGUCUGGAAGAUUGUGUGACUUGACUUUUGAUGAAAUUAGGAAGCUUAAUCCAUGUGCAAAACAUCGACUGGGGGACAAAUUCCAGGGUGAAAAGGUACCAACUCUGAGAGAAGCUGUUGUGGAGUCUAUGCAUCACAAUUUUAUAAUCUAUUUUGAUGUCAAAGGCCAUGCAAAUCAGGCAGUUGACGCCCUAAAACAACUCUACCUGGAAUUUCCGCGUUUGUAUAACACCAGCGUGGUCUGUUCUUUCAUGCCAGAUGUUGUUUAUAAGAUGAGACAAGCUGACAGAAACGUUGUCACAGCACUAACGCACAGGCCCUGGCACCUGAGUCACCUCGGAGACGGGACACCCCGUUACAGUUCCUCCUGGAGGCAUUAUUUGUACAUGAUGCUGGAUGUUGUUCUAGAUUGGAGCCUGCACAGUUUCUUGUGGCGAUUGUGUGGCGUUUCAGGUUUCCUCAUACAGAAAAAUUUUGUUUCUCAGGACUACGUGAGGCACUGGUCUGCAAAUGGAAUUCACGUGGUUGCCUGGACAGUGAACACAUUUGCUGAAAAAAACUACUAUGAAAGCGUCCUUGAAUCCAGCUACAUCACUGACAGCUUGGUGGAGGACUGCGAUCCUCAUUACUAGACCGGUGCUUUGUAGACACCAACCCAAAUAAACCAUCUCGCUGGGGCGGGCCUGAAUUCGCCUUCGAGGGAGUAUCCACCAGCGCAGAGGGGCCCGCUGAUGGUAGCUCUGGGACACAAAGAGCAGUGGUUUCCUUCUGCUGUAUGGCCAGAUCUCCAGUGCAGAGAACUCCUCUGUGAACACGGGACAAAGCCGAGGUACAGCUAUUCACAGCCUGAGGAGACAGCACCGUACUGUGUCUGACAGGCUGAACCAGGCAAUGCCCUGUGUGUGCAGUUGCCUUUAUAAUUCUCGGGACUAUUCUUCUUGUUUCAUUUAAGUCUUGGUUAUAAAGUUGUAUGAGCAGUUUUUGGUGGCAAAAUUUAAAACCAAACCUUGAUUUUUAGUGAUUUAAUAAUUUGAGAUCAAUUUAUGGCAUCUUGAAAACCUGAAAAUAAUGGUGCCAAAAUAGAGGGUUGAGUGUAUUUCUUUUCUCCUGCAUGGGAAGAUGGCUGUGUCGCCUCUUGACGAGGAAAAGAAAGCCAACUUUCCAUGUUCAAUGUGAAGACUGUGAGAAUUAACGAAUAAAACUUGAGUAUCUUCUUACCAAGGGUGGAUAGGAGAUUGUGCCUGUAACGGUACAGCACAUGAAUGUAUUUAUUUUUAAAAGAAAGCUAUGUAUUGAGUGCUGUUAGUAGUAGAACAAAUAGAGCUGAACUGUCUUUUUACUUUGCUUGUUGUUUGUGUGACUGAAGGGCACUCACAGGGGUACGUGGGAAACCAUAAUCCAGAUUUAACUUGAAAUCAAAAAUCUGCAGUUACAAUAAACACAUAUCUGACA